UAUCCUUUGCCUUCUUGUCCUCUGUAAAGUGCGCAGAUGUCUUCUGGGCAUACCGUGGCAGUGAUGGGCAUUGACUUCACACUGAGAUACUUCUACAAAGUUCUCAUGGACUUGUUACCAGUUUGUAACCAAGAUGGAGGCAACAAGAUACGAUGCUUCAUCAUGGAGGACAGGGGCUAUCUGGUGGCCCAUCCAACACUCAUCGACCCCAAAGGCCAUGCGCCUGUGGAACAGCAACACAUCACACACAAGGAGCCGCUGGUGGCAAAUGACAUUCUGAACCACCCCAACUUUGUCAAGAAGAAUUUGUGUAACAGUUUCAGUGACCGAACAGUGCAGAGGUUUUACAAAUUUAACACUAGUCUUGUGGGGGAUUUGACCAACCUCGUUCACGGCAGCCACUGUUCUAAAUACCGACUGACGAGAAUCCCAGGAACCAACGCUUUUGUCGGGAUAGUCAAUGAAACUUGUGACUCUUUGGCGUUCUGUGCUUGCAGCAUGGUGGACAGGCUCUGUCUGAACUGUCACAGAAUGGAACAAAACGAAUGUGAGUGUCCUUGUGAAUGCCCCCUGGAAGUCAACGAAUGCACUGGCAACCUCACCAAUGCAGAGAACAGAAAUCCAAGUUGCGAGGUCCACCAGGAGCCAGUGACUUACACAGCGAUUGACCCUGGUUUGCAAGAUGCCCUGCACCAGUGUGUCAACAGCAGGUGCAACCAGAGGAUGGAAAGUGGGGACUGCUUCGGCGUGCUGGACUGCGAGUGGUGCGUGGUGGACAGCGACGGCAAGACGCCCCUGGACAAGGCGUACUGCGCGCCCCAGAAGGAGUGCUUUGGCGGCAUCGUGGGAGCCAAGAGCCCUUACGUGGACGACAUGGGGGUGAUCGGUGACGAGGUGAUCACUCUGAGCAUGGUCAAGAGCGCCCCCGUGGGGCCGGUGGCGGGAGGCAUCAUGGGCUGCAUCAUGGUGCUCGUCCUGGCCGUCUACGCGUAUCGCCACCAGAUUCACCGCCGCAGCCAUCAGCACAUGUCUCCGCUGGCCGCGCAGGAAAUGUCGGUGCGGAUGUCCAACCUGGAGAAUGACAGAGACGAGAGAGACGACGACAGUCACGAAGACAGAGGCAUCAUCAGCAACACUCGAUUUAUAGCAGCGGUCAUCGAACGACAUGCACACAGCCCAGAAAGGAGACGUCGGUACUGGGGCCGAUCUGGGACAGAGAGUGACCAUGGGUACAGCACCAUGAGCCCGCAGGAGGACAGCGAGAACCCUCCGGGCAACAACGACCCCUUGUCGGCCGGGGUCGACGUCGGGAACCACGACGAGGACCUGGAUCUGGAUGCGCCUCCGCAGACGGCAGCCCUGCUGAGCCACAAGUUCCACCACUAUCGGCUGCACCACCCCACCCUCCACCACAACCACCACCUGCAGGCCGCCGUGACGGUGCACAGCGUGGAUGCGGAGUGCUGACCUCCCCCCCUUCGCCCUGCACCGAGGAGAAGCUGGAGGUUCCUGUCGCCGAGGCAGCGGGCAAGCGGGCGUCCGGGGAUCGCUCGAAGCGCUCUGACUCUUUUCCUGCUUGUCAUGGAGUGCUGAAGAACAGCAAAGUACACUUGGGUGGAGGUGAGGCUGGCUUAGAAACGGAAGGGAAAUUCAGUCUGAUUGGUGGACCUGCCACAGAGUGAAUAAGGAGGAGGGAGGGCAGGGAGGAAGCUUUCAAAGCCCAGGCCAGGCGGAGCCAGAGGGACGUCUCGAGGAGCCGGAAGAGCGUCAAUCCGUGGAAGGUGCGUCUCGAGCGCGUCGUCUGGGGUGGUUUGUUUUUCCCAGUAGUUCUCUCGGCUUCUAAAAGAUCCAUUGAGCUGGCAGGUGCUGUGCGGGACCCACGAGGACAAGGUCAAAACAAGCAUCUCAGAAUUUCUAAGUAAAGGAUUAUUUUUCUACUAUUUAUUGAAUUACAAACAUUCAUGAACUGUCUGUCGGGGGGUGGGCGUGGGGAAGGGAGGGAAAGACUCGGAAACGACCCUCCGCCAGGACCACGGCUGGUGUUGUAGGACAGCGAAGCGUUCUUGCAUCCAGGAAUUCCCCUGCUCCCUGGGCUGAGACGCUCCCCCGGCCCGCUCUGCAAAAUGGGAAGAUGAAGAAAUCCUCCUGACUUGUUUACAUGCACAUUCUCUACCACGUCAUCUUGCAGGAAGGGACAUCGCGGGGUGGAAUGCAGGACUCUUUCUGGGUGCUGGAUGGGCCAAGGCAGGGGGCAAAAGAGAGUCUGAAGCCUUGGGGCUGGCUUUGGAACUCUCCCACCUCGGCUUCUCUGGGGGCCCCUCCAGCAAGGGAAACAAAGGCUUCCUCUCGUGGCUGAUCUCCGGACACUGUACGAACGAACAUCCCAUCCUGUUUCCAUGCGGAGAACGAAGCGAUGUGCUGCAGGAUUCCGUUCCUUAUGAAAGGUUUCACUGGGAAUCUUCAUUGGAAGCUGCUGCCAAUUACCUAGAACUAAACGCUACUUUGAGAUUCAUAAAGGGACUCAUCAGGUCUGUCUAAUACAGCCUGGGACACCACAAUGGAAAAUGAAUGCUCUAAUAACAGUGCUGGAUUGAAAUUCACAUUUGGCGACCCAGCGAUGUCAUAGAAACAGUUGCACAGUACACACGGUCAAGCUCCAUUUAUAGGUAGAGUUUUUGUUUGCUUUGUUUUUUUAAGUCACGGAAUACCGUUUUAAUGAUAGGGUACUUAAUACUGUAUGAUGUAAAACGUGGUUCUUAAGGAGUACAGUCAGUAAGUAUAUGUGUGCUAUCCAGAAGCCCCUUUAUACUAUGUAUAAAAUUGCAGUCUAGUGGAAUAAACUGUAUAUAAAGUCGGGUUUAGUAGAUUA